GGCCACCUCAUCUUUGCAACAAUUGUCGAAUUUACUUAAUUUCAGUAAUUAUUUAAGUAGAAUUGAAAAUGAAAGUCCUCGUUUCUUUUUUAACUAUAUUAGCAUGUAUUUGGCCUCUUAAUGGUGUUAUGUUUCAGUUGGCACCGAACACACAAAAAUGUCUUAAAGAAGAUAUACAAGCAAAUCAACUAGUAAUGGGAGAAUAUGAGGUCUCCGAUGUGCCCGGUCAAGUUAUAGACUAUAUUGCUCGCGACACUAAGGGUCAUAUACUCUCGCAAAAGGAACACAUAACGAAAGGAAAAUUUAGUUUCAUGUCUGAAGUAUAUGACACGUAUGAAAUAUGCUUUAUUUCUAAAGUACCACCACAUCAGCGAGGAAUUGGUCAAGAAGUUUCAUUAUCGACCAAGAAGGGUGUAGAAACGAAAAGUUAUGAAGGCAUUGGCGAAGCCUCUAAACUAAAGCCACUUGAGGUUGAUCUCAGGCGUCUAGAGGAACUUUCCGACUCGAUAGUGCGUGACUUUGCUCUUAUGCGUAAACGCGAGGAAGAGAUGCGUGAUACAAACGAGAAAACAAAUAGUAGAGUACUAUUUUUCAGUAUCUUCAGCAUGUGUUGCUUGCUUGGAUUGGCUACCUGGCAGGUUCUGUACCUUCGCAGAUAUUUUAAGGCAAAAAAACUCAUCGAAUAGUUUGACAGAAAUGUGCGUUAAGUGUGUUCAAAAUUGUUUGGAGAUUAACGCUUUUCUUCCUAAUUCCCUUUACAAUAAAGAAUUAAAAUUUAACGCAAA